ACCGGCCUUCCUCUUUUUACGGCAUUUGCUCCAAAACGGUUUCAAUCGAAGGCUGUCUGCCGAGUUCCUAUGCCCCUUUCCAGCUACUCUCCUAUAUUUCAUGGUCAUUCCCCCGCUGAAUCCUUCCUGGCUGAAUUAUUUUUGACUGUAUUAUCAGGGACAUCUGGAAUCCGACCGUGUUUCUGUCAUCAUCAUGUUUUUUGUGUUUCACGUGUCUUGUUUGCUUUUGAAAGUCUUCCUGCGACUUUGGCUGCUUGGGAGUGCGGUCGUCUUUCAACCAGGAUGUUGUGGGUUAGAGCCCAGCCCGUACAGUCAACAUGUCGAUGAUUCCUCUGUCUGUUCGUCUCAACAUUCUACAAACUGCCACAACACAUACUCAGGCGAUACAUACUACCACAAUGAUAAGGCACUCCGGAUUGUGAUGGUUGGGAAAACUGGAGCUGGGAAGAGCGCCACAGGAAACACCAUUCUGGGAAAAGAGCACUUUAAAUCAAAGUUUUCUUUUGAAUCUCUGACUAAAGACUGUGCUAAGGCCUUUGGGGAAGUGGAUGGACAAAAGGUUGCUGUCAUUGACACUCCUGGUCUGUUUGACACCAGCACUGAUGAAGAGAAGACCAGAAACGUCAUUGGUAAGAGCGUUGCUUAUGCUUCUCCUGGACCCCAUGUCUUCCUGGUCGUCAUCAAACUGGGCAGAUUCACAGAUGAAGAAAGGCAGUCAGUUCAGAAGAUUCAGGAAAUCUUUGGAGAGGAAGCAGACAGAUACAGCAUGGUUCUCUUUACCCACGGUGAUGUGCUCAAAGGGAAAUAUAUCGAUGAGUUCUUGAAGGAAAGUGAAGAGCUGAAGGAACUUGUGGCCAGAUGUAACGGCCAGUACCACGUCUUCAAUAAUAACCUGAAGGAUCGUUCUCAGGUCAGAGAGCUGCUCGACAAGAUCAGAAAUAUAGCAAAGAUAAACGGAGGAAGCCAUUACACUAAUGAAAUGUUCCAGAAGGCAGAGAGGGAGCAAGAAGAGGAAAGACAGAGAAUCCUUAAAGAGAGAGAAGAGGAAAUGCGCAAAGAGCAGGAAGAAAUGCAGAAGAAAAUAUCAGAAAAGUAUGAGCAAAAAUUGAAGGAAAUGAAAGAUGACAGAGAGAGGUUGAAAAUGCUACAUGAAACUCGUCAAAGUGAAAUGGAGGAGCAGAUGAGGAGAAUACGAGAAGACCAGGAAAGGAAAGCCAGACAGGAAGCUGACAGAAAAAGAAGACAUGAAUGUACAAUUCUAUAG